UCGUCGUUGAACGACGCACCUGUGUUCGGCUCGUGUGAUUCCGUAUCUGUUCUGUGAAGCUCGUGUGAAUUGCAGUGGUUGCGACGCGUUUAAGCUGGGCUCGACCCCGAAGUUUGUUCGCAGGGGAGGGUUCUACGCAAAUAAUUGAUCUGUUUGAUUAACAGUGUGAGAGAGAGUGUUCUGUGGAAGCUGUGGAAGUGGGGGGGGAUCCUCAAAGGAUGAUAGUUAACAUAGUCGUGCCACGGUUGACAAGUUUUGUUUCACGAAAAUGUGAUUCCUGAUAAGUGUCGGUUUAAAACAGAUUUGAAAGUGUGCCUUUGAAUACUAGGCCUCAGGUCGGUUAUUGCAUGAGCUUUCAAGUGACCGCGAAGAGAUCGAAUCAAGAAUGGUACACGGUCGGAGCCAAGAUGGAGGCUGCCGUUGUGGCUGCUUAAGGUGCUGCUUCUGAAAGUUUAUCGGAGAUUAAGCCAAUGUUUAAGCGCUGGUCCUGCUGUUGUUGCUGAUACCUUUGAGGCGCACAUCGAGGUUAAGGAAGCCUUCGCUAGCGCUUUACGUUGAACCAUUACUCGAGCUUUGGUCCAUGGAUUGAAGAGGGAAAAAUAGCUGGUGGUAUCGUCCUAAAAGUGUCGAAAAUAAAACAAGCACUCACCGCAGUUAAGUUUUAUCGAAUUUCAAGUGCCAGCUCAGUGGUCAUCGUCCGCAGUUGAAUGCAUCCGGAUGAUAGUCUCGUGUGUUUGUGUAUUUUUUUUAUACGCGACCAACAUUGUGCUCCGGAAGGAUUAAAGGUGAAAUACUUACCCCCCGAAAACCUUUUGCCGGUUGUCGUUCCUUGGAGGAAAAAAAUCCGGCUCAUCUUUCGGUAUUUCGCGAGCUGUGUGCAAUGUGAUAAAACAAAUAAUCAUAAAACUGAGUGCGGUCUGUGUUUUGUGUUAAAAGCUUCGUCCGAUUCGCGGUUUACACAGCCUCGACAAACAAAGUAGAGGCGAAAUUUCGCGCGAAACCACCACCGAAGCUAUUGCCGCAAUCUCGCUGCGAAAAAGUGUAUAAAACAAAGGAUUUGUCAAUUUGUAAUAUGCCAAAUUAACCCACAACCCGCCAGAUUUGGAUAACAAUUAUUGGAUUAUGAACGGGUCUCGACAGUUGAAAACGUUGAGUGUGCUAAGUGACAAGUACAAGUGAGUGAGGAAAAAAACUUUAAAUAAGGUAGCCGGUUUUACUCUGAAAAGUGUUUGUGUGUCACUACGAAGUUUGCAAGGUGUCCGCACGUUUUUAUAACCCUGUCAAUAAAAUUUGCUGAGCAACUAGUUGACCUCAGGUGAAGUGGCCCAUAUCUGGACGCUGAAGUUGUGCGAAAUUAGCGCGCUCUACUAAGGAGUUGAACUGCAACAAAUACUACUACUAAUGCUUGCUAAACUGGCAGAUUGAAGCCGACAAAUACUACAGAAUGCCUGCCGAAGGCGUGCUGGACGAUCAUGGCAUUGCUACAAUGUCACGUUCUUCCAGGAUCGACCAGUUCCUUGCGGCCGGUGGAGGGCCGCCUUCUUCACCGACCGUUCGUGGAUCCAGCGGGGGUUCCGGUUCUUCCAGUGGCGGUGGACGGACGCCUUCCUCUUCCGGUGCCCCGGGGGGAUACGAUGGCCAGUUGGGAGGAUUUCCUGCUCACAUGAUGAACCCCGGAGCCAGCCAACAUCACAGUCGUGAGAGUUCUGCCUUUGUACCCGUACUACCGUCGAGAUCGAUGCGACCUGGAUUGUACCCUGGGAUGCUCGACGCCCCGGAUGGGCUCUCUAAGGAAGGAGUCCCCAAGCGAGGCUCCAGCUACGAGCUAAUGGCUAUGAUGGCCGAUAAGCGAAAAGAGCUUGCCCUUCGAGAAGCAGCCGCCGCAAUGCUUCUGCCAAGACCUGGAGGACCUCCGGUACAAUCCCCUGGAGGCAUUUACCCACCGGGUGCCUUCCUCGGAGGCCCAGGUCCCUCCCCCACCUCAGCCGGAACCUUUACAUUCCCACCGGCCGGCGUUGGCCUUUACCCUCCCGGCGUUCCUGGAAUGCAUCCCGGUCUAGACCGAAGACUCCUGCGAGCCCCGGGCCGAGCCUCCCGCCCGAAAAAGCAGUUCAUCUGCAAGUUCUGCAACCGCCAGUUCACCAAGUCCUACAACCUGCUGAUCCACGAACGAACGCACACCGACGAGCGGCCGUACUCCUGCGAUAUCUGUGGGAAAGCCUUCCGGCGGCAGGACCAUCUCCGAGACCACAGAUACAUCCAUUCCAAGGAAAAGCCGUUCAAGUGCACAGAAUGUGGCAAAGGUUUUUGUCAGUCGCGUACCCUGGCCGUGCACAAGAUCCUGCACAUGGAAGAGUCGCCCCACAAGUGCCCGGUUUGCAAUCGUAGCUUCAAUCAGCGCUCGAACCUGAAGACACAUCUGCUGACCCACACGGAUCACAAACCGUACGAGUGCAACUCAUGCGGGAAAGUGUUCCGUCGGAAUUGUGACCUGAGGCGUCAUGCGUUGACCCAUACGGUUGGCGAUGUUCCGCCCGAUUCGCUGGACGUCGGGGACGAUGAUCCGGCCCUGAGUGGCGACGAAGAUGAAUCGGUGCUGGAGGUUGACUCGCCUGUUCAUUCGCCGGCAGGACGGGAUCGAUCUCGCUCGCCGCCGCUGGACAUGCCCGUUUCCGCCGAGUUGGAUGACGACUAUCCGGACGAGGAAGAUGACGAAAACGAUGAAGACGAAACGAUAAGCGUGGCGGGUCAUCAUGAUCCAGAUCCAACACCAGUAGUCCAGUGCCAUCACGAGAGACCGACCGGAUCAAAGAGUCCGUACACGAUGCGUCCUCAGUACGAUCAUCCGGGUAAAUUCUUUGGGCAUCCGAGCACAGGAGAUGAACCGAGUGGCGGUCCAGGGCCUCAACAACAUCCGCACGAUAUGUUCAUCCCGAUGCUACACGUCCGAAGAGAUCUGCAUCACAAGAUCGGUCUGCUGGGACGGGCUUCGUCAACCAUAACGAGUGGUCUCACCGAUCACGGCAAUCCGUACUUUGGUCCAAUUCCGUUGCGAAAACGAGCCAUGGGUCCCGAUGGGGAACCUCAUCCAAUCCUCGGAAGACCCCUGCUAUCGGCGCAUCUUCCUCCGGGAAUGAUCAAUCAUAGAGCCUCGCUCAUAAAGCCGCCACCUGAAGAGCAGAUCAAACCUUCAUCCCAUCAUCAUCCCCCGAGCUCACCCCACGAUUCCCCAAACACUCCCAUGAUAUCACCCAAUGUUCCUUCUUCUCCGUCCCUUCUAUCACCUCACCUCACUUCUCCCCUCCAACUUCCUCCGCCAUCGAGCAGCCAACUGACAAAUCCACAACAAUCACAUCUCCCCAUGAAUCUCGUCAGUCUUUCGAAUCUCCAAUCGGCCGCCCAAAACCAGCCUCCUCCUCAAUCAAUCUCAGCCUCAAACUCGGCUUCCCAACCGAACUCAUCCCAGCAGCAGCAGCAACAACAACAACAGAACCAAUCCUCAUCCUCCUCAACCUCCACAGGAGGUGGUCCUCCACCCCAGCAAUCCUCAUCCUCGGCAAGUUCCUCCUCCCAAUCCUCGAGCGCCUCAACGUCGGCAACAUCGUCAAAUCAGCCGUCGUCCUCCACGUCAGUAACAUCCACAGCAACGAAUCAGACUCCAGCGGCCGCUGCUGCUCCUCGCAAAACGGGCUUCAGCAUAGAGGACAUCAUGCGCCGUUAGCCAGCGUCAAUCCGAAUGGAGGGCCACCUGCUGCUUCCGCGCGCGCUUUUCGCCUUGGCAGCUGAGCCGUUUUCGGGGAUUGGAGCAAUCAAUCAAUCCAUCGCAUCGCCCCGCUAGACCCAGAUGGACGGUUUGUUUAGGAUUGCCCCAUGCAUGCCUAAUUAAUGCUAAUGAAAUGUACAAAACUCUAUGAGCAACUACUACAACAAAAUACAACGAUAAGAAGUGGAAGGAAAAAAGUUGUAAUAAAAUGGUAACAAACUUUUAGGUUUAGGAGAACUUAUGAUUAGGCAGACGAUCGAAUGAUGAGUAGGUUCUGCUAUCGAAUGAAUGGUUUAAAAAAACGGGAAAACACCCAGGGAGGGUGGCUUAUUUAGAAGAUGAAAAAACACAAAAUCAAAUGUGGUUCAUGAAACAAAAGGAAACCACAAACCAGCAACGGUCAAAAGACGAUAAAAGGAAAUGAUAGCUAACCGAUUGGUUUUGAAUGAUCCCUUCAAUCGAUUUUUUAGUGGACAUGCACCUUCACGAUGACCGACUCAACUCGGAUUACUGUCAGAGGGCUUCCGUUCCGUUUUCGUUGAAGACCUAAUCAGCCGGAUCCGUAGGACACAAGUUGGGGAUUUGAUUUUUUCCGAUUUCCUUUUUCGAGCAAAUUAUACAAACCUUUUUUUUGUUUCGAUUAUAGUCGUUUUACCUUCUUUAUGGCAUUCGCGACUUUAUCAACGUUUCAGUUGGCGGAUCUUUAUUGAAAGACUAUCCGGCACAACUGUGUUCGAUGUUUACUCUUGGGCUCGAACUCGCGGACAUCGGCUCAGGAGACAACAGACUUGCCAACUGAGCUAUAUCACAAGCCCAUUUUUCAAACCGAUUUAUGGGACGCAUAAGAAAUAUUUAAAUUUUUUAUAAAUGAUCUAUCGUUGGUUUGGUGAAGGUCCAUGAACGCCGUGUUAGGUCCUCUACUCAAAAGAUGUUAUUUUUAAAUGCCUUUGGUAAAAUUGCCUCCAAUUUGGUAAAAAUCACAAAUAUAAUCGAAGAGUCGAAAUUCCGACCCAGAAACUAAUGUAAACAUUCAAGAAUUGGUCCCUCAUCGAGACACAUCGAGUCACACAAUUUAACAUAAAAUUUAUCAUUUUUUAAGAAAAUUCCUAUCAACAAUCUCAAACACUUACAGUUGUCUUGACAUUCUUGAAACAAUUGAAAAUGAUAUAUAACGAGGAAAAAUUAAUUAAACCAAUUUGUUCCAGACAUAAUCGGGCGCAAGUUUGCUACUUUUUUUAAAUUUUCAUAUAAACCUAAAUGUUUUGUCACAUUUUUGUCAUAUUUGUAGGGUCUAACGGGUAAAAAAAACACUAUUUUCACGAUUUUUUUUUAGAGCUAUCGUUCAAACAAAUGUAUUAAAAUUUUUUGCAUUAUACAAAGCAUUGUUAUAAGAACAUUAAGUAUUUUUUUUUUCGUAGAAAAAUGUUGAAAAAUGAGCCGGUGACGGAGCACUUUCGAGGAUGCCUUUUAGAAAACAGGAUUUGCGGUGGACAGUGUAUCUCAGCACAGAAAAACUUUAAAAAAAUUUUUAUGAAAUUUUUUUGGUUGUUUGAAGUAAAAACUACGAUUUUUCACGAAAAAAUCCGCCAUUUUUUAUCUGUAAAAUCUCCCCAAAGUAAAAACAAAAAAAAACGUUGGGGUCUGGUAUUUUAUAUGUAGAAAAUAAGUUCCAAAUUUGAAAAGAAUCGGUGAAGUAGUUUUCAAAUGACGAUGUCCACUGACUUUAGAAAUGUGCUUUCGAGAAAAACGCGUUUGAAGUUUCUGCUCUAAAAAUGAUGCAGUAUUAGAUAAAAGGAGAUAAUGGCCUAUAAUUUCUACAGUUUUGCCUCGAUUGACUUGAAAAUUUGACACAACAUUCUUGAAAUGUUUUACAAUAAGCAACUUAAAAAAAACGAUUUUUUGAAAGUGUUAGACCCUCCCCCCUUAAGCUAAGAUUGUCAGAUUGCCCGGUUUUAUCCGGGUUUGCCCGGAUAUUUAAUACAAAUUUUGAGAACAGUCCGGCCCGGCCCGGUUGCCCGGAUUUUGUCCGGAUUUAUUCACUUUAUUUGACAAAUCAAACAAAAAAAAAACAACGAACGCUUCCAAAACCAAUUUUUUUGAGCAAAUUUUAUAAAAAUAAUUAUGAAAGGUUUUUCGGAAGCCUAAAAAACGAUUCAAAAUCAUCGAUGAGUUUUGAUGAAAAAAAGGGGUUUUUUUCAAGUUUUCUUUCUUGGUUUUUGUUGAGUAAUUUUUGGGUUUUGAGAAAGUUUGCCCGAAUAUUGCCUGGAUUUAUGCUGGUCACUUUUGGAAUCAAAUGCCCGAAUUUUGCCAUGUUUUCAUAUGAAAUUGCCCGGUUUGUCCGGCCUGGAUACGUGUUGGAAAAAUUGGGCAACCUUAUAUUAAGCAUCAUUUCAAUUUCGAUGAAAUGUUUGCCAUUUUGUUGAGUAACUAUUUCUCGCAUGAGCUUUCAUUACGUCGUAUGAAACAUCUUAAUAAUUCACAGAAAACUACUGCAAAAGUUAUCAAAACAACUUAUAAAUUUGUUUUUCGCAUAGGAAAUAUGUUGCCCAGGCUACAACAAUUCUAAAUGAAAAGAAGCUACGACUAGUUUAUGUUAUUUUUCAUAUUUUUUCGUUUGUUUACAUUUUGUUUCAAACGACGCAAUCGAAGCUCAUACGAGAUUUAUUGUUUUUAGUCUCUUUUUGGUUUUGGAUUUAAAUAAAAAAUCUUUAAUUUCGCCAUAAAUAUUUUCGUUUUUCUCUAUACAGAAACAACGAAAUACGUAGAUUUAAAUUGGUCAAAAUAUAAUUAUAUGAAUAGCAGUAUUUUUUUGUUAUGACUCAUUUGAAUUUUUCAACGUUUUCUUUCAAAAACAAAUAUACUCAAAUGAUGGUCAAUGUUGCUGCAUACAUUCAGGGGCAAAAAUUAUGAACAUAUCUAAAUAUUUUUUGGCCUCAAAAACCAAUGAAAUUUUACCCUCAUGCAGUUCCCUAGGCCCUUCCAAUGUUCCUAUGUUCUUUUUUCAAUUCAAACUUAACCAUUUGAUAGGGUUUUAGGCAUUUGUUCUAUAAAGGCUUCGUCGUACAAAAUGUCCGUUUUUUUUAAUAUCCAAAAAUUAUCAUCGAUUGACCAUAAAAAUAACUCUUAAACUAUACCUGUACAAUGGAAAAAAAGUUAAACUUUCAUCUAAAAUAACCCAAUUGCUUCUUAAUGCUAUCGUUUUAUCAGGAGAGAUGUUUGUUUGUGAGUCUGCGAAAAAACAGAUAUUUCAAAAGUUUAAAACUACAUUUUAAGUAAUAUAAACUCAAUUUAUAGGCUUUCAGUCGUAGAAAACCAUUUUCAGAUGUUUUAAUUUCAGAUUAAGUUAAUGAUGGUUAUCUGCAAAUCUUUCAUGUUGAUCAAAGUUCCCCCAGUUUACGGUACCUAUUUUAAAAUCUUUUUUCGGAAUUUCUUUUGUUGAUUUUAUUCGGUGAUGUUUUUAAAAAAUUUGCUAGUUUUAAGUUUCAGUCCACUUUUAUUCCAUCAUCUUAAGAAAAACGCUAGGGCCGUUUCUCUGCUCUAACUGAGACUGAGACGGCCAUUGCAGGCGCUAAAUUGCUCUUUUUCUGAGGAUGGUCGAAUAAAAGUAAACUGAAACGUAAAACUAACAAUUUUUUUUAAAACAUCACCGAACAAAAUCAAAACCAAAAAACCCGAAAAAUUACAUCCAGCGACGAUCUCAAUGGUCGUGAACUACUUUAAACUCACCCAAAUAAAGCUCGAAAUGUAAGUUUGUGAACUCUAGAACUUUGUGCUAAAUCUAUUAGAAUACUUGAUAUUAAGAUCAAGUAAUCUUUUUCAAAUUCAGUUUUAGAAUUAUGUCUUAUAUUUCGAAUUCAAACAUGAUUUGCGAUACAAACUAAUGAAGUAUGAACCAAAAUUUUGUUCCACAUGUAGAAUUGAAAAUAGCAUACUUUUCUGAAUAAAAAAAAAUAAAUAAAACUUUUGAAAUGAUUUCUCUGUUUCUGAACCAAAAAUCAAACUAUUACGGGAUCAAUUUUUCCGGGUGUCGGGAGUCCGAGUUCAAAACCUUAGCUGAGAUGAAAAAAAUUCCUAGUAAAAAUCAACAACUGAACUGGGGAUCCCUAAAUGAGAUUUCUAAUUCAAAUUUCGUAUCCGGAAUUUACAUUUUUUUUUUGCUAAGCUUGAUUCAGGCCAUCUGAUUCAAAAAUCAGAUUCAAGGAUGAAAUUAAAAAAUAUCUAAAAAAAACUACAAUUUUUAAGUAACUUUUUAAUUACACCCCCUAACAAAAAAUAGUUCAAAAGUUUAAUAGGAAAAUUUUAUUGAGGAAGCAGACCCCAAAAUUCAAGUUAAAUCAGGAAUUGAUUCUAAGCUUAAUUCCAGAUGAAAAUCCUAAAUAUUAAACAAUUUUGAGAGUUUAUUUUCAGUUCAGGCUUGAUUAUGAAUCUAAUAUAUGCGCUUUGUUUUUUUUAACAGUGAAAAUUACUGCAUUUAAUACGAUUUUUUUUAAUGAUAUUAGAAAAAUAAGAGUCGAUUCGAGCCAAAUUCGAACUUCUUACACGAUAUCCUUUUUUUUCCAAAAUAUGACCAUCAAAUGAAAAAUGGCAAUUUUAAUUUUUGCCUGCAAAUUCUCAUUUUUUUCGUAAAAUUGUAUUCGUUCAGGUUAUUGAAUAAAUUACAAAUAAAAAUUAAUGAUUUGUUUCAAGAUUCUAAGAUUGGGAUAAAAAUGAAUUCAAACCACAAAUGUUUAAUUUCUUACUUUUAGUAAUUUAAUAUUUUAUCAAUUAAAAUGAAAAAUCUUUUUUAUCAUCGUAUUCUAUUUUGAGAAUCUAUAACAAACAACUUUUUAUAAAAUUUCUUUAUUACUGUUCAAGGAAUAUUUAAAGGAGGUAGUUCCAGGCCCUGCUGUAGUAUUGGUAGAGACUGUAUCGUCACAAUCACGAGAAAUCAGUUUAUUUACUAGCAAAUUUGCCAUUUCCGUUGAUAAUUCGAAGAAAUUUUCCAUUUUUAAAACUUGCUAUUCUAGAAAGAUUCUAGCUCUUCAAGAUGGGUACAAAAUAAGUUGGAUUUUCGAUUAUUUUUUAUUUAAAAUAGACCAUUCAAGCUAGAAAGAAUGGUGAACUCAAAUUUGCAAAACUUUAAAAUAAGUUCAAAGUCUUCUAUGAAAAUGUUCAAGUCAGUGCAGUUAAAGAUUCUUAUUAUAAUAAAGUAAUCCAUACACAAACUUUUAUACAAAACAACAACUAUUGCCAUUUAAGUAAAUCGAGUUAAAAAUCAUAAAUUGAUGUUCAUUGUUCUGCAUAAAAAUUGAAAAUGAUAAACCGGCUGAAUAAAUCAUGACAAUCAUUUGAACACUCAAUAACUACCAGCUAGACCUUUUUAAUGCUGAAUUUUUCUUCAUUUGUCUUUCAUUUUUGUUUAAGCUUCAAGGAGACAUUGCAUUGCAAAAAAUAUAAUGCCAUCUUACAAGGUCCAAAAAAUUUCAAAACAUCGUGAAAUAGAGGCCUGACAUGAAGCCAAUCAAGACAAUCAAAAUGAAAUUGGAAUUCAUUUUUGUUCUUAAACGUGUUUUUCUUUGAAAUUUCUGCCACUCGCAUAUUAAUUUUCGAUACAUUCGCUGUUGUGACGUCACUGAAAAAAACCCAAUAUGGCUCUCGGCACUACGGCUAAAUCAAAGCAAUCGAAAGAUUCUCUUUAGUUCAAACAAAAAUCUUUCAAGGGGCAAUCAAGGGAAUACUCAACCAAGUAGGCUCACAAAACAUAUUAUAGAGUCAAAGGCUUUUUUUUUUAUUGUAAGACAAAGUUCAUUAUUCAAAAAAAAUGUCAAAGACAAGCAGUCCACAAAUUAUACUUUUUUGUUGAUUGCAAAAUAUGAUUAAGAAAAUCUUUACUUCUCCUAGAAUUUUCUAAAUAAAUUUAGAUAAUUUUCAAAUUCUUUAUUCUGAAUAUGCAUCUGUAGGUAGAAUUCAUAAUUCUGAAAUUAAAUUUAAAUUUCAUUAUAAAUUCUAAUUCAGAGUUCAGAUUUAAAAUCUAAAUUGUAAAUUUGAAUUCGGAAUUUGAAACUGUAUUUUGAAUCUUUCUGAUGAAAAAUGGAAAGCUAUUUGAAAAUCAACCAUAGCUAUGUCUGAAUUUGAUAUAUCCUUAAACUAUUUUCUAAGCUUCAUCGAGCUUCAAAUCACCCAAAAUUUUGUUUUUAGUUAUGAAUUCUAACUGCAAAACAUGUGAUUAGACAUUUUCAUAAAAUUAGGGUGGCAGCCAAAAAGGUCAUAACGGAUUUCGAAAAUCGACUAUUAAAUUUUGUAAUUUGGAUCAAAAUACAGACCUGUGCAAAAUUUCAGCUCAAAAGGACUUGAUUGAGGGGUGUCUCAAAACGCCAAAAGUUUCGGUUUUCAGACCAUCAAAAAUACCCAAAGGGUGAACCAAAGCCAAUCAGAACAAAAUUUAUUUUUGAUGCCAAUUACUCAGAAAUGUUGAAAACGUCGGAAUUAUCUGGUAUAAUUUCGAAAAAAAAUUUUUUUUCAAAAAUCUACAUUGAAACUCUAAAAAUAGCGAAAGGGGGAACCAAAGGAAAUCGUAAAAAUCUUAAUUUUAAUUUUGAUGCCGAAUGACUUAAAAAUGCUUAAAACCUCUGCUAUGUGUUGUGAGCCUACUUGGUUGAAUAAUUCUACUGAAUCAAAGCAAUCAUCCACGGUGAUUCAUUCAAACGGAAACGGAAAAAUAGAUUGCUUUGAUUAAGCUUAAAAAGUCAAAAUCUGGAGUUAUCCCUUAAAAAGAAUUUUGGACAUAAAUCGACUUUCUAGAAUUUUUUCAAAAAACUGUCUAUGUCCCAGAAAGUCUAAUUUUGGCCAAGAAUAUUUUUUCGAGAUAACGCCACAUCUCGACGAUUAAAAAUCCGGGCAAACCCGGAUAAAUCCAAGCAAUUUGGCAACCUCAACUAUGAAUGAAUAAUAGAAAAAAACAGGUUCUGAUAUUUCUUUUUUCCUAAAAUUUUAAAAAUUGCAAUCUGGAAUACUUAAUUCUAAUCUAAACUUCGAAUAUGGAUUCCGAACCCAAUUUUGAUAACGAAUUUCGAAUCUGAACUCCAAAUCUCAUCUUCAAAUUUGAACUGUAAGCUGAAUCUGAUAUUUUAACCUGAGUUUAUAAUCUCGGUUCUGAAUUUGAGUCGUGAAAUUUGUUUUUUGAAAUUUUAUUCUUCAUCUUGAUUGAUUCUUUAAUUUCGAUUCAUUAUCUGAAUUCUUAACAUGAAUUCAAAAUCAACGUUCUUAUUCGGAAUCUAAAUUAAAGUUCUUGAUAUGGGUUUCUUAAUCUGAAAUCUGGAUUCUAAACAUGAAUCUCGAAUCAGGGUUCAGAGUGUGUGUGUGUUCUACAUAAAUCUAAGUUCUGUAUUUUAGUUGCCAGUACGAGUUUUGAAGCUGCCUUGCAAAUCUGAGUUCUUUAUAUGAUUUUUGAAUCUGGGCUUUAAAAUAAGGAUCUCAGUUUGUUCUCAGUAUGCUUCUAAAGUUUGCAUCGGAGUUCUGAAAUCUGAGGACUCAUAUACACUUUAUUCUUAAUAUGAAAUCUAAAUCAGUGCUGUAAAUCUGAAUAUGGAUUGUUAAUUUCAAAUUUGAACUCAAAACCUGAUUUGAGAACUUGAUAUUUGAAUCUCUGACUAAUUUUGUGAAAGUUUAUCAAGUUUUCCAAGGUUAUUAUCCAUUGAAAAUUACUUUAAUAUGUUGUAUUCCUCAAAUAUGAGAUCAGUAAUUUCUUGCAUUUUACAAGCAAAUAGAUGUUAGCUACCAUUUCCUCAUCUCUUCUUUUGAAACGGCUUAAAACUGAUGUUUUAACUUGUUUUGUAAGAAUAAGGUCAUAACGAAUAACACAAGAAAAAAAAUCAUUGGAAAAAUGAUUCGAAACCAACACAAAGUGUUGGUUUUGUCAAAAAAAAGAUUUUUCUAUCUCCCCAACAAACAAAAAUCGAUGAUUGAACAUAGCAUAGGUGCAUUUAUGUUGAAAUAAAAAAUAAACUCGAGCGUGUGCUUGGGAUUGAAAAUCCACCUUGAAGGAAAACAUCGAAAUGCCAUUUGGUCACACACUAAUCUGAAAUAGGACACCUCCAAGGAUUAAAAUUUUCCUUGUUCAUAACAUGAAUAAAAAAAAAACUAAACGGUACUUUAACCAGGCUUCCAUUUACGAUACAAUAAAUAUGAUCAGUAGACAUUUUUUUUAAUGUUAAGUUUCUGUUGAUAGUUUGGAUCGAGAGUUUAGGAAUAGGGCAGUUGUAAAUUGAAAAGAAAAACGAAGGGUGAAAAAUCGAUGAAAGACAGCGUUAGUGAUGAUAUUUGAUAAGGAUAGAGGACAAAAUAAAAAAAAAUGUACGCACGGAGAAGAAUCAGGAACUCGUACAAGUUGCGGUUCCGAUUAGUUGGUAGAUUUCAUAUUGUACUUAUUUUCUUAGUUUGAGUUUGAUUUUUUGGUAGCUCAGUAGGACAUUUCAUUUGUCAAAUCAGCUAUUAGAGACAGUGGCACCAUUUCAUGUACAUUUGCCAUCGAUUAUGCUAUAAACUUAGUUUCUAAAGUUCUAGCAAUAGAAGUGCGACUCGAAUACAUAUAUAUAUAUACAUAUAUAUAUGUAGGUUAAACAUAAGAAAUAUCAAGCGAAAUCUCAGAUUAGCUGUUAGUUUUCUACGAUAAGUUAUUUGUGAUUCGUGUAAACGGUAUUAUUUUACUCCACCCCAUCAGAAGGGCUCCUGAAAAAUGUGCGGCCAAUUGUACUUAUCUCAAUCGAGACGACUUCGGAAAAAAGACAAAUAAAGGGCUUAA